AUGUCUAUGAUCACAGCAACAGCGUGGGUCCCUCGAGGCUUUGCAGCGCCUUUUCCAACCAAAUAUACCUUCGAUGAAGAAGAGUUUCAGCGAAUUGCCGAUCUCGCAAAGUUACAAUUAGAUGAUGCGAACGAGGAUUUGGAGGAAGCGCAAAACACUGCAGAUAAUGGCGCGGAUCCAGAUGCGAUGGUAGAUGAUGAAGGCUCAGAUGACGAAGCCGAUUCGAAGGCAUUGAAAUCAAAAGGUGACGAGGAUGAUGAUUUAAAGGAAUACGAUUUGGAGCAUUAUGAUGAAGACGUUAAAGAAGACAAUGCUGGUGGUGAGGGAAUGGCUAUGUUUGGAAAUGUGAAAUCACUUGCAUAUCACGAAUCGAACGAAGAGGAUCCAUAUAUUACGAUGGCAGGAAACGCCGAGGAUGAAGAUGAGGACAGGGAAGAACUUCAAAUAUUGGCAACAGACAAUAUGCUGCUGGCGGCCAAGAUUGAGGAUGAAGUUGCACAUCUCGAAGUAUACGUUUACGAAGAUGGCGCUGAUAACCUUUACGUACAUCACGACAUCAUGUUACCGGCGAUACCUCUUUGCGUGGAAUGGCUCGACCUGCCUGUUGGAAAACCAAGUGUGGAUAAGGACUCGAGGGCAAAUUUCGUCGCAGUAGGAACAUUUGACCCAGAUAUUGAGAUUUGGGAUUUAGAUACGGUCGAUUGUAUGUAUCCCAAUGCUAUAUUGGGACAAGGCGGACAGCAUAAGGAUGCAGACGGAGGGGCCAAGAAAAAGAAGAAGAACAAGAAGUCGAAGAAGACCAAUGACGAAUUUCACGUGGACGCAGUUCUUUCGUUAGCUGCCAACAGACAUCACCGAAAUUUACUGGCCUCUUCAUCCGCCGACAAGACUGUCAAACUCUGGGAUUUAAAUACUACCACAUGUGCAAAGUCAUACACACAUCAUACAGACAAAGUAUGUUCGUUAGCAUGGCAUCCAAAGGAAUCUACCGUUCUGCUGAGUGGUAGUUACGAUAGAACAGUCGUAGCUGCGGAUAUGAGAGCGCCAGACGCGAAAGCACCAAGAUGGGGAGUCGAAAGUGAUGUCGAGAAUGUUCGAUGGGAUCCUCAUGACCCGAAUUACUUCUACGUCUCAACCGAGAGUGGUGUUAUUCAUUUCCACGAUAUCCGAAACGCUCCAGCAACCCCCAGUGCCACGAAACCAGUAUGGAUGCUCCAAGCACAUGAUGAUUCUGUUUCUUCCUUCGAUAUAAACCCUACCAUUCCAGGAUUCUUGGCUACCGGAUCAGGAGACAGACAAGUUAAGCUUUGGAACAUACAACCCACCGGACCUACUAUGGUAGUAUCUCGAGACUUGGAUGUUGGAAAGGUUUUCUCAACAACCUUUGCACCAGACGAAGAAGUGAGUUUCAGACUCGCAGUAGCCGGUAGCAAAGGAAUCGUCCAAGUCUGGGACUGCAGUACCAACCCCGGUGUACGACGUGCAUUUUCCGAUCGAGUGGCACCCGUUGAAGGAGAAAUUAAGGAGAGGUUAGUAGGUGUACAGAAUGAUAGCGAGUCUGAGAGUGACGAUGAAGAGCUCGAAGAUGGGGAUGGAGCUGAGGUUGAAUCUAUGGAUGAGGAUGCUUAA